AUGUGCGAAGUUAAAUUUCAAUUAACGUAUUCAUCGGGUGGUGCUAUUGACGCUAGUAAAGCGUUACGUGAGGUUAAUUCGAUUUUUCAUCGACAUACUCAAGCAGCACCACCAUCUUAUGGUAUGGCUGCAGCUAAUUUAUAUGAACCUCCACCACCAUCAUAUCAAGCAGCACAAGCUUCGAAUAAUCAUUUUGCUGAAACAACUAUGUACGUAUCACCAGCUCAAGCACCAUAUGAAGGAGUCUAUCAAAGACAGCCAACAGGUCUCCCAAGAGCAGAAUUUGUUCCUCAAUAUCCUGAUAUACCAUCGGCUCCCCAAUCGGAAGUAAACAAUUCUAAUAUGUAUCCUCAAAUGCCGAAUGGAUAUCAAGCACCAAUGCAAUAUCCACCUCAAUCGGCUUAUCAAAAUAAUAAUUAUGGUGGUCAAAUGUAUGUUCCACAAAUGAAUCAACAAUCGCAUCCUCAAAUGCCACCGUCGUAUGAACAAUCUCAACACGAUUUACAACAGAAAAAACGUGAAUAA